AUGGAAAGUCACGUCGGUGACGGGUCACCAGAGCAGCCGAUAGAGAUGUCGGGCGAUACUGACAGUGUUAAAAGGGUACAGCAAUACUUCUUCAAGUUGUAUAAGUCUAUUCAGAGAAAGCCAAACGAUAGCCAAGACAGUCAGCGAAGACAGCUGGAGAGUGUUCUACCAGCUACGUUUGCAGAGGCGGGGUUGCAAGCGCAAGAGGCGAAGGAGUACGGAAAGAAAGUGGGAGAGAUAUUGAGUUCGGGCUGUAAGAAAUUGUGUGCUGCCGCGAAGGCUGGUAAUCCUCAUGAUGUACAAGCCGUAUUUAAUGAGGUCAGAGUUCAAAUUGGAAACUGCGUUGAAUCUUGUGGAUCAGAGACAGCGGCAAAGGCAAUUGGUACUGUCAAGUGGAUUGUCACUGCUCUUGCAAGUCAUUGCUUGGUAGAGGUUGGAGAAGAUCCGUUUCAUACUGCAGUGAUGCGUAAGCACUUGGAUGCUGCUUCUGAGCUACUUCAGCUUGGCUGGAGCGUAAACUGUGCUUGUCGAGGUGAAAUGACAGCACUGCAUCAUGCUGUUCUUGCAGGUGAACAUGAUCUAGUACAAUGGUUAUGUAAUAGAAAUGCUCGAGUUGAUUGUCAGGCUGAGGUUCAGUCUUCAGAUAUUCGUUAUCAGUCGUUAAUGACACCCGCUCAUUGUGCGGCAUACAAGGUGGACAAGAGAUCAAUGGAAAUUCUGUGUGAGUGUGAUCAGAUGACAAAGGAGACACUAAUGAAGAAGAAUCAGGAUGUAAGGACUAUUCUGCAUUUUGCUCAACUUAAUGCUAAACCUCAAGAUCAUGAACUGCUUAUGUAUCUAUGUCAGAAGGAGCCUGAUCUUAUUGUUGAGAUGGACAGAGGAGGCCAGUUGCCUAUACAUUAUGCAUCACAGAAAGGUUACAUCACUGGUAUAGAAAUAUACGUCAAAGCGAGCAGGACAGAGGAAGAUCGACAAAGAAUUUUGAACUUCCAAGACAAGGAUGGUAGAACUCCUCUUCAUGUAGCUGUGCAAAACAAGAGGUUAGAAGCAGUGAUUGCUUUGUGUACACUUGGUGCUGAUCUUUCUAUACAAGACAAUGGUGAAGGGCUAAGACGAGCAUCUCGAACUCCUCUUGAAUGUUCAGCAGUGCAGCAUUCCUACUCGGCUAUAACUCAGUAUUUGGAGCGAACAGAAGCUCAUAAUAGUCUUCUUCGUGAAGCAUUGAGUCUUGAGACUGAUAGCAUGAAAGUGGUCAAGUUGUUAGUGUGUGGGUACCCCAGAAUGGGAAAGUCUCAACUUUGCAGAUCUUUAGCACGUCGGCCUAAUAUUAUUCUUGAGAGGAUUCGAAACAUUUUCAAAGGAAAAUCCAGUAUGUUUGAUCCAAACGAACGGACUCCUGGCAUUACUGUUGAGAAUGUAGAUAUACCUGACGUCGGGCUGAUGAGCUUGUGGGACUUUGCAGGCCAUAUGCAAUAUUAUGUCUCCCACUCUGUCUUCCUUGGAAGUGUAAAUGCGGUAUUUGUUGUUGUGACUAACCUUCAACUAUCAACAGAUCAGAAAGAAUAUCUGCAGUUUUGGCUAAAUUUCAUCGUCUUUGCUCACAAUCCAAGUGACAUCUUAGCUAAGGAGAACCAACGACCUAUUGUGAUAAUUGUUGCUAGUCAUGCUGAUGCACCAGACGUCAACGAAACUUUGCAUGGGAGAAGAUUGCAACAAGAGUCAAUUGAGGUUAAGAAAUUUGCGCUGCAGCGAUUAGUUCAAAGGCUACGUAAUCAAUAUGUCAAUCAACUGCAGAUAGUUGAUUUGUUUUCGUUGGACUGUCGAGAUGCUGCUUCUAGUGAAAUGAGGCGAUUGAGACAAUGCCUAGCACAUUACAGGACUUGUGUUCUUCAGAAUCUCAAACCUGUACCAAAGCUGGCCAAGAAAAUUCUUGAUAAUGUUCCUAUAUGGCGGAAAGAGCAGGAAAAAGUGAAACGUAUUCCUAUUCUAAUGUAUGAUGAAUUUACUCAGCGUGUACAGACACUUAAUGCAAGAGCUACUGCUGAUGUGAUUGCUGCUGUAACGAAGUAUCUUCAUCAUUGUGGUGAAAUUAUUGUAGUAGACAAAGGAGAAGGAAGAGCACGCAUUCCAUCUCUUGUGUUUUUGCUUCCUGUUUAUCUAUCACGAGAGUUAAUUGGUCGUUUUUUGUGUCCUGCUGAAUUUGAAGUUAAUGUAAUGAAAGUUGAUGCGAAAGGGUGUGUUCAGAAGAAUACUGUGAUUGAGGUAUUUCAAAGACACUGGACAAAUGUUGGUGAUGUCAUUCCUGUGUUUGAGCAGUUGGAGCUCUGCUAUUACACGGAUGAGGCCAAAACCGAAAUGUGCAUCCCAGCUUUGGUGACCGUGAAACAGAUGCCUGAUGAAGCCUGGGAGAAUUUUGGACCAAACUCUAUUUAUGCUGGUCGUCGUUUUAAGUUUACCUGUGAGGCCAGUGUUUUUGAAUACGGUCAGUUCAGUCGUCUUAUUGUUCAAUUGCAUUCCCAACAUGAUCUUCGAAACAUUCCAGUGUGGUCUACCGGAAUGACCUUCAAGCCACCAAGCAUUGCUGUUCAAGUGAUGGUUUGUUUAGUGGAGGACAACAAGGCUGUAGAUUUGGUUGUUCAAGCAUCUCAUGGUAGUGACAAUGCAUACGAAGCAGCUUUUCAGUUAGAACGUAUUUCAGAAGAGAUUGAAGCUUUCAUGACAGCCUGUAUGAAGAACUAUGAUGCACUGAGUUAUGAUGUGUUUAUAGCAAGUGUUGCUCAGCUAAAGGAGAGUAGAGGCCUUCACUGUGAUCUCUUCUUUCCAAUAAAAGAAGUUCGCGAUGCUCUCUUCUUACCAUAUGGUUUUGUUGACACUCAUGGUCAGCAGCCAGAGUUAGCUGUUGACUUGAUGUAUUGUGGUCGAAGUGAGUUGAUUGAAUUACCAUGUGCUCCUGAAUAUGAAAACUGUUCUUUAAGUAUGUUGCCUCAACCUAUUGAAGUAGAGGUUCUCAGAGACCUCGAUGUAUCGUCACCUCUUUUCAACGAUUGGAGAACACUGGCUGGUGUUCCUUUGGCUUUACGUGCCGACCAGAUUGAAGAAUGGACUAGAGAAAUUGAAGGCAUCGGUAGCAUGACAGCAAAGUUAUUGCACAUGUGGGCACAGAGAGGAGGUUGCAUCAAAGACUUAAUUAAGUUUUUGAUAAGACAUAACAAGGAGUACAUUGCGAGAAGAGUACGUAUCGGAUUGGAUGCAUACGUAAGAGCAGGUGGUCGUGGUAGAGAAGCUGCUGAGGCAGCUUCUCGUUCUCUAAGGCAGGCUCACUACCAUGAUGAUUCCAGAGACUUGCCUUGUGCCAAUGAUUGUACAAUUGAUUCUCAUGUUGAUAGUGAUUAAGAUGUUGUUGAUACGUGUUUGCCUGUUGUCCACUGAUAAUGAUAACAAUGUAUCUUUCUGAGCAGUUUGUGAAGUGAUGUCGCCAUCUUUUUGUGAUGUACUUGUUCAUCAACAUGCAAGAGCAGUCAUUUUUUGUACAUUUGAGCGUUGUCUAUGUCUGUCAAUGAAUUGUCGUCGAUUGCUCUCCAGUCAAUCUCUUACAAUCUCAAUGGCUGCAGCAUGCUACCAUGAAUGACAUUAAAACUGCAGUUUAUUUUGUGAAAUGGACAUGCAUAUCAGUAUGGAUUUUUCUAUUGUUGUAUUCAUGUCACUGCUUCAAACUCAAUCAACUCUUGAACUACUCUGUUGAUCAGCAUUAAGGCUACAUUUGUGGUGGCCCGGAUUUUUGCAGUAUAUUCCAAUUAUAUGAUAUUUGAGUCUUGAUCAGUGUCAGGUGUGCUACAAUUCGGAACUAUUCAGCUGGAGGCAUGCUUUCUUGUCUUAUAUAAGAGGGUGAACACUUUUAUGGAACAGAUUCAGGAAGCUGCCAUAUGGAGUUUGAUUUUGUUUCUAUGGACAACACUCAGUGUGUGUGAUAGUGAUGCUGUAGUCAUCCGCGUUGUACAACAGUUUACGAAUCUAAUGAAAGUUCAACCACAUGCCGAUUAGCUGGCUGCACACAUUACUUGUCAACCACUGUACAUAGUAGUCACCCACUGCCGUAGUCAUGGUUGUAUCAAUUAUAUUGCCAGAAAAUGGGAAGCUUCACAGAUUAUCAUCAUUCUAUGUUGGAGAGCAAUAUGACUUUCCUACUUCCAAGUUAAUAGUUUGAACAACUAGUUACUACUGAAUGGCUGAUGUCUCUAUCUAUUGGCAAUCUGUACAUGUGGUGGAGAUGAGGAGGUUGAAGAAACUUAGUGAUGGUUUUAUGUUUAUGUAAAUGCACUACCAAUAAUUGCAAUGGAGUUAUGACGAACAGUAACUACUAUUUGGAAUAGAAGAACAAGAGAACAAGUCUUGGUCAGUCAGUUGAGAAAUGCGGAAGAAUAUGGACAUUUGUAAUUGUUAGUGUCACAAGACAACUGGCCAGUGAUAAUGUCAAUGCAACUUGCUUAUAUUUUAAUGCUUCAGUCACUGCUGAGGUGACAGUCAUUGGAUCGGAAUGAAACAAUGCCAGCUGUAUAGUUCACAUUGUAGCAGCUUUUCUGAGACAUCUGGAGAAUCAUCGAUGGCUAUGGUGGUUAGGAUUGCUCACUUUGAUAUGGACAACAGUUUGCAAGCUGUAGCUAGAAUAGAGGUUGAUAAUUGUUUCUUGUAUUAAUUAAUCAAAUCAUUUACUGGAGAUUGUCUCUGUUCAUUGUAUUGUGAACAGGUAGUAUAACAAUUAAGAGAUGUUUCUAGGCAAUUAAUUUUACUGACUUUGAAUGCUCGUAGUGCUGUUGGCAAAAGAAAUGAGGCUUUUACAGAGACUGUCUAGUCUGGAUAUUUAUCAAUGCUAUGUGUUUUUAUACUAAGGUGCUUCUGAGACACCUAUUUGGUUUUGAUAUUCUGUGUUGGAAGUUUUACGCUACACAAUGUAGAUUUGUAAUUAUGUGUACUUGGAUAUUUCAACUGUCAGUUUGAAAGAUGAAUAAAUUGUCUUGUUUUGUA